GCUGAUGACCACAGCCGCCCAGUGGGUGAGGAUUUCAAAUGUGAGGACUGGAAAGAGCGACCGCGGCUGUCACCACCACGCACGGGCCUCGGGGACUCGGCCGAACUUUGUCCUUCGGGCAACGGCUUGGUCCACAGGCCCCAUCCAGGAAUUAAUUCAGGAGGUGAAGCCGAGGCACCAGUGGACGCUGACGCUCGACAAAGGCCUCGUUCCCAACACCCUGCAGCCAGGGUGGACACAGUACCAGCAGUGGGCCUUUGCCAGGUUCAAGUGCUCCUUGUGCUUUCGCAGCUGGGCCUCUGCCCAGGUGUGUGUGCUUUCCCACAUGCACUGGAGCAAGAUAGAAUCCAGGGGCCAGGUGAAGAUGAGGAUCUUCACCCAGAGAUGUAAGAAGUGCUCUCAGCCUCCAUUUGAGGUUCCUGAGUUCACUGAAGAGAACAUGUCGAGGAUCCUGAACAACCUGGUGCUCCGAAUUCUCAAGAACUGUUACAGAGAAGGAUCCAAGUCAGUGGAGAUCCCUACAAUCAAGGACACCACUCUGCAAGGGCCGCACGACAUGAACAACUGUGAGGCGUGUCUGCAGGGCUCAUGUGCUCAGAGCAGGUUAGGUCUGGCCAAACAGUCCCCCGUGUCCCCGUCACUUCCCUCAAUAAGCUCACCUAGUGGCGGGAUACCCGCCUACCAGCCUUCUCCCGCAAGGAGCAGCUCCACAGGGGACGGAGCAACCAGGGGCUCCAGGGUGAAGAGAGGAACAGGGUCUCCCAGCCCCUGGUUUCCUGAGCCCCCACUGGCCAGGACCCCCAGAGCGAACACCACCUACAGAACAGAGAGUGUAAUCCACGUGCCCUCAAUUCAGAAUUCAUAUCCCCACGUGGUCCGGAAUCGCACGCCCUGGUAUGCAAGUUCUGGUUGCAAGAUUUCAAGUGUUUGCUGCUGUAAUUCAAUCUUUUGUUGCUGUUUAAUCAUUCUAAUCUUAGCUGUGGUCCUGUGGUGGUCAUUUUCUUAAAAACCACUAUACGAACUUCAAAGACGUUGUGCCAAGUUUAAAAAGUCAGACGCACAAGGACACAUAUUGUAUGACCCCAUCGAUGCGAAAUGUUUGCAACAGGUAAAUCCGGAGACGGGAAGUAGACCGGUGGCUACCAGCGGCUGGAGGAGCGGGAGGCAGAAGCCACUGCUUCAUGUGCCCGGGGUUUUUUUUUUUUGGGGGGGGGCAAUGGCAAAAAUGUCUGGGAACGAGAAAGAGUGGGCAGCUGUACAACAUGUGAAGGCACGAAAUGCCACUGCACUGUCCACUCUAAAAUGAUUAAUUUAAUGUGAAUUUUAAGGGUUAAUUUAAUGUGAAUUUCGCCUCUUUAAAAAAAGUGCUGAAAUGUCAUUCAUUCUCUGGAGGACGGAGAACUGGGUUUCUACGUUCACAGAAGCAUUAGGAAAUCUCACAGGAAACCUGGGGACCUUCUCACCGGCCCUCGGCCGUGGGGCCUUUCCGGGCAGGACCUCGGGCUGGGUUCUGAGCAGUUCCCUCCACAGCGGGGUGCGCGCAGCUGGGGCUGACGCAGGACCAGUCGUGCGUUGGUGGAGAAAGCCUUAAAACCCCAUCUAACUCUCCCUUAUACUUUGCUGUUUCUUGCCGCAUAUUUUAUAAUGUAUGCGGAUACAUUAGUCGGACAGUAUUAUACCGUAUAAAGAAACAAACCCACACACAUUUGGAGUGUGUGCUCGGUCGUCACUGACAGGCCGCACAAUUAAAAGCCCGGGGACCCCAGGUCUGCAGGGCCGAGGGCAGGCCUCUGUGCCUGGAUUCUCGCCAGGUUUCCGGAGCCAAGUGGCUUUUGUAAAAGAUUUCUGUUUGGAUUCAUGGGGAUAAUUUUCGGACUCAUUCUCACAUCUUUUUUACCUGGAAAUAUGACACCUUCAGUUUAGGUCACUAAAAUUAAAGCAAUGGUCGUUCACUGCAAAUACUUCUUUUCUCUCCCCCCCCCCCCACCCCUUCAACUCCAGUAACUCCCACACACACAGUGUGGCCAUACCCAGCCCCUGACUGCACCAUGGCCGUGCCCUCUGGAACCAUCUCUAGAACUUUUCAUUUCUCACAACUGAAAGCUGGUACCCACUAGCCAACUCCCCUAAUCCCUCCCCCCAGGACCUGCUGACCACCAUUCUUCCUUGUCUCUAGACCUCCGACUACUUCAGAUGCCUCAUACACUUGAAUUACUACACAGCACUAAUCUCCCUGUGUCUGGCCAACUUCACCUAGCCUGAUGUUCUCAAGGCUCAUCCAUGCUGUAGCAGGCAUCAGAAUUCCCUUCCUUUUUUAAGGGUGAAUAAUAUUCCAUCGUAUGGAUGUACCGCAUGUUGCUUAUCUGUUCAUCCACCAGUUGAUACUUGGGCUGCUUCCCCAUCUCAGCUCGUGAGCGGUGCGGCUGUGAACACAGUGUAGGGACAUGUCUUUGCGACCCUGCCUCCAACCUUGGGACACGCAGGGUGGAGCACGAGCAGGUUCACUGUUGUCCAUGUGGAAAAUAACACAAUAACAAGUAAAUAACCAUACAAGAUUAAACUCCGUGUUUCGCGUACUCACAACUGUCGACUCACUUUUGCCCAGCCUGUGCACUCAGCAGUGACAGUGCCGAAUCCCAUGGCAGCUGCAUGUUUAGUUUUUUGAGGAACCACCACACUGUUUCCCACACCGGACGCAGCAUUUUGCAAUCCCACCGACAGGGCACAAGGGUUCCAAUUCUCCACAUCCUUGCCACACACUUAUUUGCUGUUACUUUUUAAUAUAUAUAACAGCAAUACCAGUGAGUGUGAGGUGAUAUCUCACGAUCUUAAACUUGCAUUUUUUUAAAAUGUAAUUUUUAAGGUGCAAGGUUACCCUCCAAAGCAAAUACCAGAAAUAGCACCUGUACAUCUCAGCAGAGAGAUAAUUAUUGGGAACCCGACAGGCCUGUGCAGGCAGUGUCUUCAGACCUGCUAUGUGUCCUCAAACACUCGAGCACCGUCCACACACCCGCUCACUGCAGGCACUUCGACUGCAGUAGUGGGACUGGAGACACAAGCACGUGCCUGAGAAACCAGCACGUAUGGAAUUACAUGUGUCCCAGCAGCCCGCAAACCACCGGACUCGGAGUGACCUGUGAGGCGGGAAGAUGUGCUGGGUCGUUAAUACAUGCAUCGCGCAAAAUGUUCAGAUCUCUAUGUUUUCAUUAAGAUGCAUAUUCUACUUUAGAAUCUGUAUUUUUAUUGAUAUGAAUAAAUUAAAUAGUAUCUCUAC